AUUGUACUAAAUGCAAUGGUAAUUAGCUAGCUUCGCAUGCAUUACACGCUCGAUCUGUUUAGGAGACUAGGAUACAUCGAGGUUAAUUGUAUGUCAUUAUAUGCACAUGAACUGCACUUAAUUCAGCUCGUUCAACUUCGAUUUCAAGAACAAACAAAUGACGGAGAGAUCAAAUGAGGAACAUUGCAUUGGUACAUGGUCCUUGACAUUGCAGAGUCUAUGUACCGGUACGUAGUCUACAUGUUAUGCCUGGUUCUGCUCACAAACAUUACAGAUUUUCGGAUGUCCAGUUCCGCUGCCCGACGGCAACGCCAGCAGAAUUGCUAGAUCUAUGGGCAUGGCUUCGUUUCGGGACAAAUUCUCAAUAGUGCCUUAUGGAUGCCUCUAUAUAGAUGCAUCAUGGAGCGAUAUUCUGUCAGCCAUCCCUUUCUCCAUGGAACCAGGCCACCACCGGAGCCUGAUAGAGUACAAGCUGGACCGACUGUGGAACCACGCCCAUGCCACGCCCACCCCCAUCCUGCCCUGCCUGUCGGUGCGGACGGCCUUUGACCUCUACCUCUCGGCGAAGCAGUACCCCAGAGGCUCAGAGAUGGUGUUCUGCGCUAUCAACAUUCCCGACAUGGCGCGGAUUGUCCGGCACCACGGCAUCAAGCUGGUUGCCCUCGAUGUGGAUAUAGAGACAUUGGUCCCAAAGGUAGAUCAUCUGCAAUCUCUCAUCACCCCAAAGACGGUAGCCAUUCUUGUUGCCCACCUCUACGGUCGUUGGGUCGACCUGGAAGACAUCGUUGCUGUUGCAAAGGAACAUCGCCUGGACAUCGUGGAGGACUGUGCAGAGGCCUUCAGCGGCAUCCAGAACCAUGGUCACCCUGCUGCGGAUGUCACCUUCUUCAGCUUUGGUCUCAUCAAGACCUGUACAGCCUUUGGAGGUGCCAUAGCAGUGGUGCGAGAUCAGCGUCUCCUGGCUCAGAUGCGCACCAUCUACCACUCCUACCCCAUCAGAGGGCGCACCGUCUACCUCAAGAAACUCAUCAAGUACUCGUUCCUGAUGACCUUGAUCAACUCACCGUUCCUUGUCAAGCACUGCACGCUGCUCCUCAAUGCGCUGGGGAUCAACCAUCGUGAUGUCAUCGUUAAUUCCAUACGGGGAUUCCCCCAAGGUUUCUUUGACAGCAUCAGGAUGAGGCCGAGUGUUACUCUGCUUUUCAUGAUGUACAGGAGAUUAAAGAACUUUGAUGUGAGCUCCUUCAAACUGGGUAACAUCAAAGGGGACAUUGUAUCUAGGAGGCUUCCACCUGGAAUACAGGGUGUGGGACAGAAGGCUGACAAACAAAACUAUUGGCUCUUUCCUAUCUUGGUCGAUAAUCCAGAAAGGGUAAUGAAGGAGCUGAAUGCUCGUGGCGUUGAUGCCUACAGAGGAGCAACACAGUUGGACCUGAUAGAAUCUGAUGUAGAGAUCCCAAGGAACCUUGCCAACCCUUCAGAGAUGGUCCAGCAGAAACUUGACCACUCCUCUAGACCUGCAGAGGAUACUUCCAGUGUGGUCAAGGCUGCGUCCUGUGGCAGGACAAGUGCUGUUGGUGACUCCAGAGGCACGAGUAGGACUACACAAUCUGAUGCUGGCCACGGUAGAGGAUUGUCAGAAGGGCAGCUGAGAGCAGGGAAUAUUAACAGCGCGAGGACAAGUCCUGUAACAGAUCGUAGGAUAGUGCCUGGAACUAGUGAAUCCGACCUCAAUAAUAGAGAGUUAUCUCCUAGAGCAAGGCUGGAACAAUUGCCUGGUCAUGUGGACAAUGCCAUGGAAAGUAGUACAGCAAGGACAAAAACCAACCAAUCGUUAGAAAGUAAUGAAGAUAAUAUGCAAGAUCCAUCACUGAAAUAUUUCAAUGAUGAAAGAGCUGAAUAUGUUAGCAUUCACUCUAAAGAGGCUACAGGACAAAGCAAUAAUCGUCUAAGAGGUCUGACAUGGGUAGCUCAAAGCCAAAGCAGCAAUACCCCAGCAAUACAGUCCGAACCACACAUGACGUCGCCAAGUACAGCAGAGCAGUACAGGAACUCCGGAAUUCCUUCAGACUUGCACCAGCAGUCACAUUUUGACACAGCUCCUGAGGGCAUCACUUCAGUAGGUGAAGGAAUUCAGUGUGCACCAGUGUCACAUUGUGGAACUCAUGGUACUUCCAGCGCUGGUGAUACCAAAGAUCUAUGUUCAGUAUCAUACAGCCAACUACAGCAACAGCAUGUCCAUCAUGAGUCGCAUGCACAAAGUCCUUCAGAAGGUUCACCGAUGGAGUUAUUUCCCCAGUCUGAUGGCGGCACCAACUACCUUGAUCCCCCUGCAAGUGACCUGAAGACAUCUGCUAUGCAACUGGCAUCCAACAAUCACAGCAUGGCAACACACACUCUAAACCAUCCUUCAAGAACACAAGGUCUUUCUGGUGUCAAUCAUUCCUCUAACACUGCAGAAUCUGAUGCAACUAAUACCCAGAGGGAACCCAGAUCUCUACCCUCCAAUACAAAUUCUCCAUCUGGAGGAGGUACCAAAGCCUAUUUAGAACCAUCAGGGAAAUCCCCAAAGAGGACUUUAGGGGAUUCCCCAAGUGUGAUGUCGGGGAAGUACCCACAAGAGGCAAGGUACCUGAUAGACCAUGUGGUGUACCUUCCAGUCCACAAGAAGGUGCCCUUCCAGUACUUGGAACAGAUCUGUGCAGUUUUAGAGGAUGUGGCCAGUAUGCUUGCCAAAGAAAAGCAGGUCAAAGUUCAGAGCAAGCUUUAAUGGAACAGAUAUCAAAUCAAGAAAGUCUCAUUAGGUCAAAGGUCAAAGACCACACAGCCUUGCUAUCAUAAAUUCUAAACAUGGUGACGGUAUUACUAUAGGAAGAUGAUCCAGUUACAUUUUGGUGCUAGUAGGUCAAGAUCAUAGUCGUCAGUUGACAUUUGAUUAUAGACUAUUUGUUUUCAUCGUGAUAUGUCUUGAAUGAUUUCAUCCAUUUCCUAUACUGAAUUUAGGGCAGAGGGAUAUUUUGUAUAGGAGACGUAGUCUUUUUGAUAGUAAAUUGAAUGGGAUAUAUGCAUGAUCUCUGUUGAAUGUACAGUUGAUUUUUAUGAGCACCUGGUAAUGAGUAAGAUUGAAGAUUAGGAAGUAACAGUUACCGGUAGGUGCCUUAGUUAGAGGAUUCCUCGGAUCUGAAACUGAUGAUAUUUUGCAAUAAGGUAGGUGCAUAGUUUAUAAGGGGAAUUGUAUGCAGAGACUAGUCCAGUUACCGUAACCAGUAUGCAAAUUGAUACACCCAAAGUGCCAUAAAAAUAUUUGUUGUUGCGCAUUUAAUGUUUUAUGCAGUAGUGUUGGUUCUUUAUUGUUUCUUUAACUUUUUUUUACUGAAAUAAUGUAGAGUUGUAGAGACAGCGUUAAUCUAAGAUUCAUCAUCAUUAAGGCUGGCUUGUCUCACUUGUCUAACUUAUUUAUUUUCUAAUUUUUGCUGUUUAAGUAUUGUUAAUUUGUUAUCAUAAAGUUCUAUUUGUAAAUUAUACAGUAGUGAUGUUCCAUUUGAUAUGGGGACUGUGUAGUGUGAGGCUUCUAUAGUUUCAAUCUGUUUGCAAAGUUGUGAAAAAAGAUAAACAAAGUAGCAGUAGAAAUGCUAUCUUGCUUAGGGAUGGGGUGUAGGGUCUCAAAACUUGAUCACAUCCUCUCCCCCCAAUCCCCCCAGUCCAUUCACUAUCCACAUGGUCAGAUAAUCAUUUAAUCAUAAAUAAUAAUAAUUAUUGAAUGAUUAUUAUAGACCUUUUGGAUGGUAGACAAAAUGGACAUUACACAAACUAGGAAUUGGACUACCGGUAACUGAUUAAUUAUUAGACUAAAUGAACAACAGACCAAAUUGGUUGUAGACUAAUCGGAGAUUAGACCAAAUGACUUUUAGCAUGAAUGAUCAUUAGACCAAAUGAUAAGUUAGACAAAAUGAUUAUUAUAUCAUGUGGUUGGUAGACAGGCUUGGUGUAGACUAUACGAGAAUAGACUAAUUGGGUAGUAGACGAACUGGUUGUAGACAGCAAUUCACCGUAUGCUAGAGCGUUAGGGACAAAAAUGACUCUCAGCCCCUGUCUUGCAAUAAAAAGAGGUUGUGUUUAUUUAAAUGUCUCUUUAAAAAAAGAGAUACAUGUAUUCAAAAUACAGGACUUGAUAAUGUUUCAAAAGGCUCUAUGUUUGAUAUUUUGGAAAUGCAUUAGAAUUUAGUUGGAUUGGAAAAAGGAACUGUUUGAGCGAUUAACUUUGUUUUAAAAUUCUCCUGUCAUGUUUUACUGCCUGUUUAAAUACAGAUGUCUUCCAGGGUUGAAAAGUAUAUGUUUGAUUUGAUUAUGUAUAUAAUUUAGUUUGAAAACUCCUCCAUUCCAGUUUAAUAUCAAAAUAAUAGUUAAAACAGUUGAAAUAAAAAUCUCUCAGAGUUUUGAUUCACAAUUACAGGUUUCAAUUUAAUUUUGUAAGAUGGUGACAAAAUAAAUCGAAACCAGUAAUAGUGAAUAGAAAAUCUCAGGGAUUUUAUUUCAACUGUUUUAAUUAUCACAUAUAUAUUAUAUAUAUUGAAUCACUUUAUCAGUGAUUAUUGUCUAUGAAGUAACUUUUGUCAUUUUAUCCGUAGAAUUGAUAAUGGACUAACUUUUAAGUGCUCAUGAUAUGCAGAUGCUCAGUUAAUGUGUGUGUUUUGUAUGUGUGCGUGUGUGUGUGUGUGUUUGUUUGUUUUUGUUUUGUGUUUAGGGGGUAUUUUUUUAAUAUUGUUUUUGUUUUGCUUUUUUCUUCUUUGUUUUUCGUCAUUGUUUUAAGCCAUUAACACGCUUAUGAAAAUUGAUUGCCCAUGUUGUCACUAAAGACCAAGUCCCAGUCCCAAGUAUUGAGAGUAAUGUAUUCAUGAUUUCUCCUAUGCCUGGUGCAGGUGCCCCAUAACAUUACUAGCAAUAAUGUUUCCUGUCUUUCUGCUUCCACAAAUGUUUGGUUUUACCAAGACUGGAUUUAUUAGUAUUCAUGCAAUAAAGGCCACACCAGUCGAAAUAGAAGAAGAACAAACGUGUGGCAUACAUAAAUACCUUGCUGUGUUAAAAGAGCUAACAUAUAUGGUAGUGAAAGUGGUAUUCAUAAUGAUAUUGGUGGAGCCCCCUCUGUUGGGCAGUUUUUAUAGUGUCUUUCUUGCUGACCCUCUGUUUUCUUUGAUACAAGUGAUAUAAGAUUGAAAAGAAAUAGUUUAAAUUCUUGAACCAUUUAAAAAAAAUUAUACUGCAAACUGUUGAUUGGCCGAAAUGUUUUUAAAAAUCCUAAUUGAAAACUUACCUAAAAGUAUGGUGGCAAAAGAAUCAUUAGUAAUGAAAUUGAAGUCAUUUUUCUGUUCAAAUUUCAA